AUUAAACAACAAUCCCCAUUGUCACACACGACUGCAUAGACUGGCUGUCUGUUUGGUAGUAUAUCCAGCUCAAGUUGUGCUUUCAUAUUUAUGGCCUUGUCUACCUUUAAAACUCACUUAAACAUGAGGGGAAAUAUUUUUACUGCCUUUGCUUUGGUGAUGACUUUGUUUUGUUUGGGACAAACACUUGAGUGCUUUCGGUGUGAGCUUGGAUUCUGGGAUUUGUGUUACACUACCAAGACAAACUGCAGUGAUCGUGACGAAUUGUGUUAUGUGGGAACUGGUAAAGCAGCUUCUGUGCUGGAUAUAAAGGUGAAGGGCUGUCUUCCCAUGGAGAAGUGCAACAAGACAACGGUUGUAGAGUUCCUUGCCAAUAAGACCUUGUACACCUUGGAGACCACCUGCUGUGAGGAAGACUUGUGCAACGCUGGCCCUUCCAUUCAGUUGUCCCUUGUUCCUCUCUUGCUUACCGUACUUCUCAUUGCUGACAUGUUUUGAUGAUUUCUAAAUUCUAAUGGUUAUAAGGGAUUGAGGGCUCUUCAUGUUUACACCGUUCACGUCCUAUUCUGGUUUUACUGUUGUUGAAUGAUCUAAAGCAGCUUCCUUUUAUAUAGCAGAGCACAUUUUGUAUGCUCUUUUCUAGCCAGUUGUUUUUUUUCAUCCAAACGAGUAAAGAUUGACGUUCUAAUGUUUUCUUAACACAAACAUAUUUUACUGUUCAAUAAAUGCAAAUGUCAAACAUC